GGCCUCACUCAUCAGCUGCUCAUCUGAUGUUUUGCUUCAUUCAUCCUUGACCCAAAAAGGAAGAAAGACUCCUCUUUACCUCUUCCCCUCCAGCAAACAUAUCAUAGGGACACUACCUCGAUACCUACCUACAGACAAGAACUUCUACACAACUUCUUUCAAUAGCCUCAUUUACCACUGACUGCACCACAUCCACAUCCACAUCCACCGUAGGACAUCCUACACAAUAAUAUCAAUCAUCCUUCGCCUAACUAUCGUUUUGAGCCCGCCAAAAAAGAAAGUCGCGCAUGGUCAUAUCAAAAGACAUCGUCAUCGUACCAAAAAAGAAGUUUGCCUACCUGCCUGCACUCGUCUAUUCGUUUGGAUAAUUGACAUACACACCUCCCUGGGCAGAUGCUGUUGAUCGAAAGCAUCAAAAGGGAAUAGAUUGUCUUCACAGGGACGAUUGCAAUAUACGCAAUCACAUCACAUCACACCUCCGAUCAGAUUAUCGUACCUAAUAAGCAUUCUUACUGUACCGGGCUGGCACGACUUAUUGAGGAGAGAAGAGAAGAGAAGAGAAGAGAUACGGAGAAAAAGGACGAACAGCUACUCCCCGCUUUUGACAUACCGUGGAUUCCGCAUAAAACUUCCACUUCUCCCCUCCUCCUCGUCCUCUCCUUCUCCUUCUCCCUCCCUCUCCCUCUCGCCCUCUCUCCCUCGACCUCUUCAUCUCCCUCAUUCCAACGAAAGAGGAAACGGUCAAAUUUAUAGAUCCAUACAACUUACCACCUCAUGCUCACCCAUUCACCCUUCCGUUAAUUAAUCAAGCAUCUGGAACUUCAAACUUCAUUUCGCCCUUCAUUUACUGUUCCAUUCAAAACCCCCAACGUACACAUCCACAUUAUUAUCGACUCCUGAACAAUUUCAACCCUCGGUUCCCUACUGGUACCUUUGCAGAUUUGACAGGGAAUUCGGUAGAGAACCACAAUUACUAAAUUUGAAGAUCGUCAAGCAGUCGAAAUCGAAUCCACACCUGAUACAAAAUCCUCGAAUCAAAUUCGGCUCUGAAUUCAAUUUGAGCAAAGGGUAUCAAGGGAGACGAACGGGGAUAUAAGAUUACGAUUGUGCAUCAAGCAUUUUCGCAUCUCACAUCCUGUCCCAUCUCUAUCCACAUUUCUUUCCCUCCCCCUCCUAUCCCUUCCGCACCACCUUCGAAGCUCCCCAAAGGAUUUUAAUUUGUUUGAUUGCGCGCAAUUAAUCUUGAGACCUAAAGUGAAAGGACCAAAGAAAGGGAAGGAGGACGGCCGACACGACGCCUCUCUCAAGCUUAAGGGGGGAAGGAAUAUCGGCUCAUAUUGACAUUAGUAUUGAGAUUGGUAUCCAAUCGAUUCUACACGUCUCAAACACAAAUUUGCACACCACAUAGGUAGUGAGUGCUUGGUUAGGCCUCGGUCGCUAAGAAAUUCACCGUUUAUCCUGACACGGACCAGAAUCGAUCGGUCUGUUCUCUUUUACCUUGCUCGCUCAGGUGGUUUCCUUUGAUUCAGUUACAGCACGAUAUAGGACAGCACUCGUGUACAAGUGCUCUCGAAGAGGGCGAGCUAGAGGAUCCAACAAGAAUCAUCAAAACCACCCCGUCCCAAUCUCCAGGAAACGCACUCGUUCCUUCAUAUCAAUCACCCUCCGAACGGCGUGCGAACAACCAACCAGCCAUCGCCAUCCAGCACCCGCACACUUCUUGGUUUCCCUGGCCGAGAAAGAAACCUAUCAAGCUUUCAAACAUCCUUCAAAAAGAGGAACGAGGAAGAAGAAAACUUUAUUUCCUUUCUACACCAAUACAUCGACGUCAAAUUGAUAAAAAAAUAACCCGGAUCACAUUCCCCUGAUUCCUGUAAUCAACUCAUCACAACUUAUUACAGUAAUUAAUUCUGGGAUCUGUGUCGUCAUCACAAUCUUUGCCACAAUGUCGUUAAGCUCUAUCCAACCAGAUUAUGAUGGCAAUCGAUCGCCUGGACUUUCAGCCAAUCUAUCGUCCAACAACCCCUUUAGGAAUCGAGCCGUGUCUCCAGCUAUGCCCUCUUCUACCCAACGUUCCCCCCGAGAACCUCCUCCAAGACCUUUAUCACGAAAUCCAUUCCUCGAUUCCCCAGCUACGAAUCAAACAUCAACAGACACGAUGGCAUUUUCUCGAACAAGCCCGACUUCACCAGGGCCAGCUCUUACAGGAAACGCCGCGGAUUUAUUUGACGAACUGACACUCGGUGAUAAACCUGUUCCAAACAGAAGCAGCAAACCCGGAAUGGCACGCUCAAACACAAGCACAACCCGACCUCAGGGAGAGAACGUCCCACCGGGAAGACCAUCGGGUCACAGACCAAUGCGGUCCCAGGAAGAGGCAAUGCGUGCGAGAAGAGCAGCUGGGAAACCAUCCAUAAGCAGACCACGCAACGAAGAAGAGUUGGAUAUUUUUGCCGACCCCAACGAUAGCCCAAAACGAAGAGCAAGACGUAACUCCGACACAUCUAUCAUGGAACGAAAGCCCAAAUUACUUGAUCCAGAAGAUGAACGUAGACGCUUGGAGAAGGAAAAGCGAUACCGUGAUCGUAAGCGUGCUGCAGACAAAACCAAGAAGAAGGCACCUCUCGAUGUUAUCGAUCAACUAGAUGCCACCAGCAUUUUCGGAAUUGGCACAUUUCAUCAUGAUGGACCAUUCGAUGCCUGCUUGCCAGGCCGUAAUCGAACAGGAAGUCGUCGUGCACCAAUGCAAGCUUUCGCCAAAGAUUCAGCCAAUAACUCCCUUGGUGGUGGUGGACCUUUGAACAAGAAGCCUGAUCACGCAACGUUUAUGGGUAAUAAUGAUGCAGAAGCACAUCUUGAUUAUUCUCGUGGAGGAGAUAAGGCCGAUAAUUUUGAACCUUAUGGGCAUCGCCCAGGAAUGCCUAGCCGCACAGAAUCUGCCAUUGAAAGUGCAACCACACGUGUUGAGCCAGUUCAUGGUGAAGAAUCCAUAGGCCUAGGAACUUCUACUUUCCUUGAGGGUGCUCCAGCUUCUCGUGCAGCCAUUCAAAAGAACCAGAAUGAGCAAUUCGGUAUGGAUGGUGGGCUAUCUCGAAAGAAGUCACUGGCACAGAAGAUCCGCGGCAUCAAUAGCCGACGCGAUUACGGACCUCCUGGGAGAAUGACUAGCCCAGAAGGCAUGUACAAUGCCACUUCUCCAGACGGAUACACACCCGGUGGAAGUAGAGCGAAUGAAGCCAACCCAUUUUUCAAUGAAUUUGGCAAGCGCGAUGAUACCAUCAAGGAAGAAAAACUUGCAUUUCCCGAAUUGCCACCAAGACCUGGCCGCUCUCGCGCUCCUUCUAACCCUCCAGGAAUCGAAAGGCGUGUCACUAGCGAUAGCAUCGGGGAAUCAUCCAGAGCUCCCGCAUCCAAUGGUGGAGGAUUCUUGUCUAGAGUUAAGAGUUUGAAGGGAGGGCCACGAAAGCCAAGAGUUGAGAACAAGCCAUUGCCAACCGCAACACCUCAGCUACUUUAAAUUACCAACCAACAGCAAGUUCGUUAUUUGUCUCUUUAUCGCACUCUGGAUAACAAGGGACCUGGACGUCUGCGUCUGAUCUAACAUUGAUCAAGCACCCAUAUUUUCCACAUUUUGCUCCUUUCCCUGCAUUGCUGUUACUCAUCGCGUAUUAUAUCACUCUCGCCUAACGCCCCCGAGUUUGGAUAUGGUACUCUGCAUGAACUUUCGGAAUAGAGAACUUUUCACAUUUUUUCACUUGAACUUCAACUUUGGUUCUUACAUCAUGAAGAAUCUUUCUUUUCUUGAAUUAUCUUAAGGGGUCAAUGGCCCAUAAAUUGUUAUUUGAUUUCAUAGGCGUAUGGGAGUACACAUGAACUACCCCGUAGCUCGAGGGAGGUUGGAGGGGGAGGGGCGAGGAAGAUGGGAAAUCUUUUUUAAUGCCAGUGAGAUUUGAGGACUGGGAUGGGUUUUUAGACACAAGGUUACGGGCAGUGACUGGAUCGAAUGGACUCAGAUGCGUCCAUUCUCGUGUAGUUGGUUAGACACUAAGUGGUCUUGAGGAAGGAAAGAGUUGUUGGAGUGACACCGGUAUAAGCGUAAUGUAGACUCGAUGGUCAAAGGUCAAGGAGAGGAUAAGAGCGGCAGGGAUGAGAUUCGUUGGGUAGAAAGGAGAAACCUAGUAGUAGAUGACAAUGCACACGUACACUCAAUAAUUUGAUUUGAUUGGCAAUUGAUAGGGUUUUGUGUUCA